GUUAGGAAGUUUCUGAAUUCUAAUGUUUUCUAAGGAAAUGUAAAAAAAUUAACAACCUUUUUGUAAUUUCUCUUUGUUUUCUAAAAUAAAACUCCCUAUGCUUGACCGAAAGUUAGAAUGGAUUUAAGGCGAGGAAAUUCGUUCGGAAAUGGCUUGCUCUACGCAGGAUUUAAUCAGGAUCAAGGUUGUUUUGCCUGUGGGAUGGAGAACGGAUUUCGAGUUUACAAUUGCGAUCCUUUGAAGGAGAAAGAACGGCAAGAUUUUACCGAUGGAGGUAUUGCGUAUGUUGAAAUGUUGUUCAGAUGUAACUAUGUUGCCCUCGUUGGAGGAGGAAAAAACCCAAAAUAUACUCCAAAUAAAGUGUUGAUUUGGGACGACCUAAAGAAGUCGAUUGUAAUUCAGCUGGAGUUCUCCAGUGAUGUUCGAGCUGUGAAACUUCGAAGAGACAGGAUUGUUGUGGUUUUGGAUACAAUCAUCAAGGUUUUUACAUUCACACAAAAUCCUCAACAACUCCAUGUCUUUGAGACAUCGCCAAAUGCAAAAGGUCUAUGUGUUUUGUGCCCAAGUAGCAAUAAUUCCUUGUUAGCGUUCCCUGCGAGAAGAACUGGUCACGUUCAAAUCGUAGAUCUUGCGAAUACCGAAAAAGCACCAUUAGAUAUCCCAGCCCAUGAGGGGCAUUUGGCGUGCAUCUGUCUAAACUUACAAGGCACAAGAUUAGCCACAGCAUCGGAAACGGGAACACUUAUUCGUGUUUUUGAUGUUGGCACUGGUGAUUUUCUAAAUGAACUAAGAAGAGGGUCUGGUAAUGCAAAUAUAUUUAGUAUAAAUUUCAAUCAUGACUCGUCACUGUUGUGUGUGUCAAGUGACCACUGGACUGUUCAUAUUUUCGAAGUGGAGGACAAUAAGAAAAGCAAACAGUCAAGCUUCAGGCCUUUGAAAUACUUUAAUUCGACUUGGAGUUUUUCACGAUUUCGAGUUCCUGAGGGAGCACCUUGUAUCUGUGCUUUUGGUAAUGAUAAGAAUUCUGUUAUUGCUAUUUGUGCGGACGGCAGUUACUACAAAUUUGCGUUCAACGCGAAAGGAGAGUGCACUAGAGACGCUUAUGCUCAGUUCCUUCAGAUGACUGAUGGUGAUUAGCAUAUGGUACCAGCCAGUCGAUUCUGGUUACCAGUCUAUGGUAGUCCUCAGGGUCUCCUCUAAACAUGGUCUGUAAGUCUGAGUGAAUGAACGAAUGUACUGUACACAAAUAUUGAUUAAUUGCCAUAUAUUUUUGAUAAUAUCGCGCGUCGCAUAAUAGAAGUUGGCCUUUACCAACGAGGACUAUAGAACGGUAAAUGGCAGUCAACUUGGUUUUUUUAACUAUUCGUACCCAGGGUAUGCGCUUUUAAGAUGCGAGAAUUUCCGAGGGCCGAUAUAUAUUUAGCUGGAUUGCGCUAUCCAAAAUCGAUAGUUUUACUGCGCUUCAAGCAUUCUUACAACGUUUGAAACAAUAAUCAUAUGAUAGUAGCCCGGUAGUAAGGGGCUGUUUACAUGAGCCCGGUUACCCGAGAUUCAACGAAGCGUGAGAGGACUUUGAGGUGUU